CUGUUGAACGACCUGCUGAUAUGGACCUCGAUGACAUCUGGGACGAGCCUCUCACACAAUCCCCUCCACAUUUUGUUCCAGCGGAGGAUGAGACCACCACCAAGCGCCAUUCGCCCGCCAAGCGACGUCGCACGAGCCUCUUCCUCUCCUCCGGCUCGGAAGGCGAGGACGACGCGCCGGCGAACCAGCCGACAUAUCGCGCACGCACGCCGAAGAAGACCGUGCCAGACAUUGACGCGCUGUUUGAUGGCAUAGACGACGAUGCGGGUGACAAGGACGAUGACGAGCUUGCGCCUGCGCUCGACAUUGACAAACUCCGUAGGCAGGCGGAGGCGAGACAUGCUCGGGCCCCCUCUCUGACUCCACAUGAGAUUAUGCCAAGCAGUUCGCCAACGCGAGAGCUGGAGAACGGAGCUGGAGGGAAGAAAAAGCAGGGGGACGGGCUGGAGGGGAAUAAGAAGCGGAAGAUUGCCAAGUUGGACGAGGCGCGGUUGUUAGGCUCGGACGGCUUUCCUGCGCUCAUAAACCAGGCAAAGGGCUUCAAGCCAAGAGGGAAGGGCCACGAGGUCUCCGACCUCAAUAGGCUGUUGCAGAUGUACCAGUUCUGGACACAUAAGAUGUAUCCUAAAGCGACGUUCCACGAUUCGGUGCAACGUGUGGAGAAGCUAUGCCAUUCGAAACGCAUGCAUAGUGCACUUGGCGUGUGGAGAGACGAACACCACGGUCUGAUCAACGGCUGCAAACCAGAGGAUCUCAACUCUGAGGACGAGAGCGACAGUGACAAAGAGGAUCAUGGCAAGGACGCGCAGGCACGGCAACGCGCGCCGUCCAGCGGCGCUGAGCCCGAACCUGAGCGACAAGGCCACCGUUCAUCGAGCCCAAUUCCUCGCCCUCCUUCGUCAGCAUCCGAGUUCACCUCAGGCGCACCGGACGAUGACUUUGACAUUGACGCCAUUCUGCGUGAGGAGGAGGAAGCACAGAAGGCGUCUGCCGCGUCGAACACUUCUGCCAGCGGCGGAGCUGGGGCUAGUGGUUCUACGCAAACGGCUCCCCAGUCUCAACCGUCAGCUCCUGCGGAUGACGACGAAGAUCAGACAAUGUGGGACGAGCUGCAUGCCUUCGAAGACGAAUCGACACCCGCUAUAAAACCAUCAAACCCAGCGCCACUCCCCGUCCCCAGCGCAGGUGGGAAUAUGGGUAUGGACGAAGACGAGGAGAUGUGGGAUGUCGUCCGCGAGAUGGAGCAGGAGCACGCUGCCGCUUCGACACAGGCGAAGUCAAACCCUGUAUCUACCACCCCGGAUACCCAGACAGGUGCACCGAAAGGUGGGUUGCACCAGAGAACUGAUGUGCCACACUCAGAUCAGCAAGGGUCUCAGGCGACCAAUGAUGAGGGCUGGGACGAGAUGUAUCUAUAAAGCAGAUGCUUGUCUCAAUGCAAGAUGUCGUAGCGGGGAUGCUCCUACAUGAUGAGAUUCUGCGGCAGAAGGUUAAUCAACCCAGUAAAUGCGCAGAAAAUAAUAUAUAACCUGCUCAAUGUUGAGAGUUUGGAGUAUACUGUAAAUUACAUAGUGCAAAGCCGAUGUCAGCAGAGAUGUUCGAUGAAGAUGG